ACACGCGCGCUUCUCGCGGCUGGACGCCUGUCAAGGCACAGAAGAUGGUGGCGGCUGCAGCCACUGCUUUGCCCACAGCGCCUGGAUAGCGCCCAAAACAUUUCCAUGCAGGUGUCGACGCUGCUGUGGCGCGCAAAAUUAUGGUCAGAUAACAGAAGGAAGACAAUCUCCUCUCACUCCGGACGAUCAGGUGAUGGAAAUGCUGGACGGUUCAGCAGCCAUAAUCCAUCUCAUUUGUCUUGGAUUAGAGCGGAAAUAUUUAGAGGUAUGAAGAUCAUAUCGUGUGUGUCUUGUGCAAUUCAAUUAAAGUGGCGGGAUCAAGAAAGCACUUUGCUUUAACCUGUGGGACUGCUGGUGUUGGGGGGGGGGGAGGGGGGGGCUUGCAGCGGAGGUGGAGACCUUUUAAUUAGCCCGACUCUCUCAGGGCUCUCGUUGUCUGCCAUUUAGAGGAGGGCUGAUCCGCCGACGGCAAACUUUACUUCAGAGACAUGAGGGAGUUGAGUACACUAUAUCUGGACCGCUGAAUUCUGCGUUUUCUUUUUCUAACCUGUCCGGCAAACAGAAGGAACGGUAUGGUCUGAAUAUGGACUACUGGAUGUUUUCUUGGGGCGCACCAUGACAAUGAAUUUUCGAUAUUUAGUGUGACUGGAGAAGUUAUGGCAAUAUAGCCACACCAAACAAAGACUUUUUGUUGUCAAGCCUUCGGGGAGACACGAAUCGGUGAUGGCCAAGCUUUUGCAAUGAAACCGUUUUGUUUUUCUCUGCACACCGCUCAUGCAUGCUUCCUGCAGACCUGCACACUAUCCUCUGGGCAUGGAGACGCAGCGGUGGUGGAGACUCCGGAGUAGAAAGUAAAGAAAAGACGGGGCUCUGUCCAGGGAAAAGGACGCAAUUAGGCCCUGCAGCAAGGAAUACGAGUUCAUAAAAGCUCAGAUGGCGGCUUCUCAUCUGGAUAUACGCGUUCUACAAUUAAAAAAAGACUUAUUUAGAUCAAGAAGGUGAAUAGCAGAUAUCAGGUUUCAAGAGUGCACCGUGCUUUUUCCAAACGCGUUACAGGAUUUGAUAUUCCACACUCAUGCUUCUCAAGAAAACCCUUCAAAGCUGUUUCUUCUCAUCUGUGGAUUACUUUCUCGGCAUUUCCCUUUAAGCACCAUAUUUGUACUUUUGUGAGUUUUACCACAUAUUUUUCCAAUGAGUGUUACAGUGUGUGUGCAGCUAAGUGGACUUGGACUUGAGCAGAGCAGGCUGCAAAUGAUCCUAGCAGUCUCAAGUGCGUCAAAACAGACGGGAAUGUAGAGGAAUGCAGGGAUUGACGUCAAGAGGGCAAUAAUGAACGGUCAGAGUCUUUGAAAGGUCUGUUGUGCCUCAAAGAGCCACUACUCUCCUAACUCAGUGGAAUUUUCACUGAAAAGAUUUCUUUCUUUACACUCAUUUUCAGUAAACUAUCAUCACCUGUCAGUUAUACUAUGGCCCAGUAAACUGCCUUACUUCUUUAAUUUGUCUUCAGACUAACUGUCCCUGCUGCAAAGUCUUUGAUACAUAAAAAAGCACCAUGGCUUCCCCCCAACAUCAACAACUGCUGCCUCACAACACAGAAGUCAGCUGUGACUCGAGUGGAGAUGGAGGCGUCUCAGUGAGGAUUGGCAGCAGUGUCAAACACAAGCAUGGAGGCGGGCCACUGAGUUCAAUCGGGGGAGGCUUCAUAGGGGGAUCCAAGCACUGCAAGUACAGUAUCUCCUCCAGCUGCAGCUCCGGAGAGUCCGGAGUCAGGAGGCCGGCGGUCAAGAGCUUUCGGACACAAAGGAAGAUGCCGCAGCUAUUCGAGAGAUCUGCUGGCCAUUUCUGGGACCCAAAGUUUGACUCUUCAAUUCUGGAGGAGGCCUGUAGAGAACGGUGUUUCCCUCAGACCCAGCGGCGUUUCCGUUAUGUUCUCUUUUACCUGGUUGCUGCUGCCUUUUUAUGGGGAUUGUACUUUGCUGCAAACCCCUCCCGCUGUGACAGGACUGCCUUUCUCAUUCCCACUGCGUCCUUCCUCAUUUUCUGCAUCCUACUCCUCCUCUUAACUUUUACAAAGCUGUACCCUCGCUGCUACAACCAUGUGUCUCUUCUGCUCAUCCUUGUAACCUUCAUCCUUACACUGGCACCACAGAUUCAGAAACCGAGCUACAGGGAACCAGAGAAUCCUGCACCUACGCUUGAUGUGGAAGAAUUCAGCGGCAUGGGACCCACAUACAACAUGUCCUAUGACAAGCUUGUGGAAGGUAGCACCUGGUCCCCCUGUCUGUCUCCUGUAGGCACCUUCUCCCUCUGCAUUGAGGUUCUUCUGUUGCUCUACAGCGUUCUCCAUGUUCGCCUCUUUGCCUCAGUCCUGCUUGGCUUCCUUUACUCUGCUUUAUUUGAGACUUUGGGCUGGCUGCACCUGACACAGACAGGGGAUACCUGGAACUUCACCUACCAGACAGACUGGGAUACUCUAAGUUGGCUGGGCCCAGCAAAAGCUCUGCUCCACCUUUGUGCUCACGUGAUUGGCAUCCACCUAUUCAUCAUGUCUGAAGUGCGUUCACGCAGCACCUUCCUCAAAGUGGGACAAGCAAUCAUGCAUGGCAAAGAUCUGGAAGUAGAGAAAGCCUUAAAGGAGCGAAUGAUCCACUCUGUCAUGCCCAGAGUAGUGGCUGAUGAACUGAUGAAGCAGGGAGACGAGGAGAUAGGUGAUAAUUCUGUCAAACGGUACUCCACCAGUGGUGCAGCAGCUGCCAUCUCCAGCCCUAAGAACAAUAAACGCAAGAAAACAUCAAUCCCUAGAGGCCAGAUCAUCUUCAGACCCUUCAACAUGAAACGAAUGGAACCCGUCAGCAUCCUCUUUGCAGACAUUGUUGGCUUCACAAAAAUGUCUGCCAACAAAUCUGCCCAUGCCCUCGUUGGGCUUCUAAAUGACUUAUUUGGACGUUUUGAUCGGCUUUGUGAGCUCACUGGCUGUGAAAAGAUCAGUACUCUGGGAGACUGUUACUACUGCGUGGCUGGUUGCCCUGAACCCCGGCCAGACCAUGCCUACUGCUGCGUGGAGAUGGGCCUGGGCAUGAUCCAGGCUAUCGAACAGUUCUGCCAGGAGAAGAGGGAGAUGGUCAACAUGAGGGUGGGUGUCCACACUGGCACAGUACUGUGUGGUAUCCUGGGCAUGAAACGCUUCAAGUUUGAUGUUUGGUCAAAUGACGUCAACCUGGCCAACCUCAUGGAGCAGCUGGGCGUGGCUGGGAAGGUUCACUUAUCACAGGCCACUGCCAACUUCCUGGAUGAUCGCUACCAGCAUGAAAGCGGCCAAGUCAUUGAGAGGAUAGGCCAGAGUGUGGUGGCUGACCAGCUCAAAGGGCUGAAGACCUACCUGAUCUCUGGCAGGAAAGUGGAGCCUCAGCCUCACUGUUGCUGCUCUCAGCUGGGGUUGGUUGGACCAGAGCAUGCAGACUCUCAGUGCCCCACUUGCAGAAUUAACACACCUGAUGGAGCUCCGUCUGCAUGUAACCUGCCUCCAGAAAGUGCUCAGUCCCCCAGUCUUUCCUGCAGUGUGGUUCUGAUACCAGGGGAGGAUCAGGUUCCGGGGGAAGGAGCGGUGCACAAUGGCUGCCAUGACAACCACAAGACUAACAGUAGCAAGGACUCUCCAAAUCUGAAGUUUUCCCCAGCAGUUGCUGCAGGGCGCAACCCCAAGGCUCUAAACGGCCUGCUAAGCCCUCAGCUGGAAGCUUUGAACAACAGCCAAACAUCCCUGUGUGAGAUGCUGCAGGAGAAGGAGAAGAAGACGUGGAGUGGAGGAGUCAUUGGCAUGGACCACUCAGCGCUCAUUCCUCUUCGCUCUAAAAACUUUAGGGAGAGGAGUGAUGCUCACUUUGUGGAUGUCAUCAAAGAGGACAGCCUCAUGAAGGACUAUUUCUACAGGCCUCCCAUAAACAAGCUGAGCAUCACCUUCCUGGAAAGGGGCUUGGAAUCUACCUACCGGACAAGCUACCAAGAGGAGGUGGAAAGCCAAGCCAUAGGGCAGACCUUUGCCAGUCCAACAUUCAGUUCUUUCCUGGACAUGCUGCUGUGCUGUUUGGUGUUUCUAGCCCUUUCACUGGCCUGUUUCCUUCGCCCGCUCAUCACGCAGCAGAGUCUGUCCACACCAGCACUCAUCGUGACAACCGUAGCUGUUGUCUUAGAGGCACUGGGUCUUCUCUUGGCUAUACGUAUGGCUUUCUACCUUGACUGUGUGUUGAACUGCACUCGGUUGCUGAUGAGAACGAUCUCCGGUUGGGUCGUGCGUCACGUUAUUGGAACCGUGCUGGUGUCACUGCCCACCAUGGCCGUCUACUCCCAUGUCACCUGUGACAUGCAUCUCUCCAUUCAGUUCACCAUGUUCCUCUGCUGUGCUGUCAUCAUAGCCAUCAUUCAGUACUGUAACUUUUGCCAACUCAGCUACUGGAUUCGCUCAUCACUAGCGACUUUGGUGGGACUAGCAUUGCUUGCCUUGCUCUUCCGUUCCCCGUGCAGUGGUGCGUAUGGUCUGUUUUUCUGGUCGGCUGACCAAAGCAAUAAUGGCAGCAGCAACAGCUCCAUCAUUAUAUCUGACAGUCUGGCAGUCUCAGAUUCAAAGGCCAUCCCACAGUAUCUGCUGGGCCCUGAAGCCUGUGUUGCCUUUUUCCUGCUCCUUCUCUUGGUCUGGUUCCUUAACCGUGAAUUUGAGGUCGGUUACCGCCUACAUUACCAUGGCAAUGUGGAGGCUGAUCAACACCGUAUCAAGAUCCAAAACAUGAGGGACCAGGCCGACUGGCUGCUUCGCAAUAUCAUCCCCAUCCAUGUGGCCGAGCAGCUGAAGGUCACACAGAGCUACUCCAAGAACCACGAUAAUGUGGGUGUAAUAUUUGCCAGCAUUGUAAACUUCAGUGAGUUCUAUGAGGAAAGCUACGAAGGAGGCAAGGAGUGCUACCGUGUGCUCAAUGAGCUGAUUGGAGACUUUGAUGAGCUGUUAAGGAAACCUGCUUUCUCAAAUAUUGAAAAGAUCAAGACCAUCGGUGCCACAUACAUGGCAGCAGCAGGACUCAAUGCACAGCAGUGUGCAGAUGCACCACAUCCUCACGCUCACCUUCGUGCUCUUUUUGAAUUUGCCCUGGAAAUGAUGCGUGUGGUGGACGACUUCAACAAGAACAUGCUGGGCUUUGGCUUCAAGCUACGUAUUGGAUUCAAUCACGGGCCUCUUACGGCAGGUGUGAUUGGCACCACUAAGCUUCUCUACGAUAUAUGGGGCGACACAGUCAACAUCGCUAGUCGCAUGGAUACAACAGGUGUUGAGUGUCGUGUCCAGGUCAGUGAGGAGAGUUAUUGUGUGCUGAAUGGCAUGGAUUAUGAGUUUGAUUUCAGGGGCACAGUUAAUGUUAAAGGUAAAGGUCAGAUGAAGACCUUUCUGUACCCCAAGAGCAGUGACAGUGGGCCUGUUCCUCAGUACCAACUCUCAGUCUCACCAGAGAUCCGGGCCCAGGUAGAUGGUAGCAUUGGGCGCUCACCAACUGAUGAAAUCGCUAGUAUGGUGCCUGCAACCAGCAUAAAUACAAGUAGCACCAAUACCUUGGUACCCAGUGCAAGUGCUGGUUCCUCUCUUGCCACGGGACUUAGCCAGGUGAAGGAGAUGGUUUGCUGUGAAAGACGACACUCUUCAGAUACCUCUAAUGCCAGGCAAUCUUUGUCUCACAGUGGCAUGCCACCUCUACCUGCUUACAUCAGAGAAGGACCUCCUGCUUCUACACAUGACAAACAGCUCAUUAUCCCCUCCUCAGACCCACAAGAUAGACUUCAAGAUUCUGCAAAAAAGUCCCAGAGAGACACCAAGAAGGACCAAUGUAAUUAUGACAUUUAUGUAGGAGAGUUCACAAAACUUUAGGGAUUUUGUUACAAGGGCACUUUCAUCAUAAAUCCUGUACCCUUUAAGCACUUGUUCCUGCCAAUCAGCAUUUGUACAUUUUGUCCAACCUCGAGUAGAAUCAAAGAGAGAGUCCCACAGGUUUCCUCUCCGCUUCAGCAAGGCAGCAGCUUGUUUUUGUUGUGAAUUUAAUUUGGUUGAUGUUAUCAGUGGAGGGGGAUAGCUGGACCACAAAGUGACACACCGUAAGAAACAAAGGUAUGUGAAGACUUGAUGGCUGGCUUAAUCUUUUUUUGCCUGUUAUGGAUUGCAUCAUCUCCCAUUUACUUCCUGGAUUAUCAGUACACCUUUAAUCUCAAAUCAUUUCUUUUGUCUUUUAAGUGCCUUUAGAAUAGAACAAUGUGUACACUAAGCCUUUUUGAGUAAAAGUGGAUUAACAUAAAGGGAAAGUGUAUAUAAGCAAUCUUUUUGGAAAAUACUGCUUUGCUUUUGUUACGAUUUACUUAGUAAAGUAUGUUUUGCUAUGAUAUUUUGCCUUUAUCAAAGAAGUUCUCAGCAAGCUGACCAUAAAUCAAACAUAUGGAGAAUCAGAGUGAGUGAAACAAGAUAAACUCCAGGACAAGUAUGAGUCAAAUCUGAAGUUCAACGCAUCAGAGCCUGAUAGCUCUUCGUGAAAGGCAGAGCAGAGACUAAUCAAUAGGGUCUGAGGGCAUACAGGGCCAAGCUGCAUGACAUGUGAGUGUAUUUGCAUGUGUACAUUGUGUGUUUGAAUAUGUUUGUGAAUAUAAUGCAGGGUUUCAUGAGGAGAGGUGUUUAUGAGGUAGUAGAAUGAUUUUGUGCAACUGCAGGAUUACAAACAGUUAAGGAACACAGUUGAAAAAAAAGUAUUUUGCUGAUGUAGCAGCUUUGUCUCUGGCCUCAGUUUAUAUCUUAGUAUUGCUUCAGCACUGAGGCAUGAUGGUCUCAGUUACAAAUAAACAACACGCUAACAGCAGCACCUACAGAUGAGGUUAGCUCUCUGUAGUGUUUGCUCCACAUGAUCUGGGUUCUUGUGGGAAUUUAAGCUGUGAUUAGUGUCAAUGAGUAUUUCAGUGAUUCCCAAAAGACACUGCUGUACCUGGAGAGCCACUUUAGCUGUGACUUUAGAGUCACUUCAAGUAGGGGGAUCAGCAGCCUAGGUUUGCAUUGGAUUACACUGUGUGUUAGUUUAUUGUGCUUUUAAGACAUUGAUAAUCAAAGUGGAAUGUCACCAAACUAGACUAAAUGUGUUUCAUUGUAUUUAUUGUCACACAAAACUUGAACUGUUCAUGUGAAGUGCCCUAUCAUACUUUAUAUGAUUUGAAAGACAGCUGAACACACUAACUGCUUUAUCAAUGGCAUGACACUUAAUAUAAUUGCACUGUAAAUUCAGAGGCAGUGCACCAAAUGUAUUUCAUAGUUAUGACUUUAGGUUUUUCUACUCUUCCUUUUUGAAUUUUCUGCUCUUUCAUACUCUUAAGCACAUGAAACUGAUUACAUUGCUGUUCAUUUUCUCUCUGUUGCUGUUUCUCAGCCUAAAGGAUUGUGUGCUCAAAAGGCAAAAAAUGUUACCACCAAUCUGUUCUGUGUCUUGUUAUUUAAAGACCCCGAACAGCACUUAAACCUUAUGCUUAUAAAUUACCAAAUUAAAAUCAGUUUUGUGAAGUAAUAUAUUGGAAGGUGUUGUGUUUUAACUAGUACUUGAACAUUUAUCUUACAUUUAAAAAGCUGGUUUGCUUGAUCUUUAUGUGAUCAUGAGCUUGUGCCUUUUCACUUGUUUUUAUUUUCUGUAUCUUAUUUGAUUUGCUUUUAUUUCUUAAGAAGUUAAAUACUUCUCAAAAGCAAAGCAAAUGUUUACUUUAAUGCUAAAAUCACAUCUAACUGGAGUUUGUAAGAGUUUGUGACUUUUAAGCAGUGCCUUUUCUUACAAUUAAAUGUAACAUGUAUUGGCCCUGUUGCAGUAUUUAGAUUGCUUUUCAUUUGGCCUUCAGUUGUGUACUGUCUAUGUUGUCAUGGCAAUAAUUGUUUUUAAUGCAAUAAUAAGAGUUAAAUAUCAUUGGUUCAACAUGGAAAAUCAGCUUCUUUAUGCUUAUGAGCACACAACCCUUUUAUUAAUAUAUUUGUGUUUAAAAACUUUCAAUAAAGGAACAUUCAGAACAGUGAUUGUUAUUAUACAACAAGGUUAAGUGCUUAGUAGAAGUCAUGAUACUUGAGUGUCAGGUUAACAUGUAUGAGCUCUCUCUCUUUUUUCCCGCCUUUCUUGAUAAGUAUUGUAUUUGUGACACACAAAACCAUUGAGGAAAGAAUGUGAGCUCAGAAUUUUAACUGCUACUUGUUUGUUUUUUCCUAUUUAGUUGAACUACAACCACAAUUUUUUGCUGUUGAACUUGAAAUGAUUUUUUGCUUUGAUUCAUUAAGAUGAGACUCUGUGAACCAGCAGAGUGGGAACACUGAGAAAACUGAUGCCAAAGAGUGUCAUUGCCAUCUCUGUGUGAGAUAUCCUUAAUUUGCAGGUUUUGUUGUAGAAGGAUAGUCAUUAACUGAUUCACUGUUACAUCACAUUUGCACACGGCACUCACCUUUUUGUACAGUUUGCUUUUUUAUUGUAUAGUAUUUAAGCAUUUUCUAUUAUUUAUAUAAGUGCAUGUACUAAAGAGUUGAAUGGUCUUAAAAUCUGGGUCAUUUUAACAAAGUUGGACUAUUACAUAAGUGUUUUCUUUUUCCCUGCAUGUGUGUAAAAAAGGUGCACCUUUUGUAAAACAUUAAUUAUAAUGUGUGAGGUUGUGUUUUUGUCAAAGGGAUGCUCAUAUCUAUCCGGAAUGUGAAGACAUUUCGACCAACUUUAUCAUCUCAAAAACUAUGACAAGCUAGGACUUUAAGAUUUCAGUCAAGAGACACUCAAGUCUUUCUUUUUCAUACAUGAAAUUGGCUUUAUAAAUGUAGAGUAGGCAGUCUUUCAGUAGCCUCCUACUUAUGGUUUGAAAUGAAUUGUUGCUUUUUUGAAAUGUUUUGUACAUAGCACGCUAAUAGAUCUGCAAGUGAAGGUUGAAGUUGAAUAAAAGUCAGUUGCUGGGAAAUAUUGUCCGGUUCAGUUUAUAGCUUAUCCUACAUGUGGUUAUUUUCUUGAUUAAUCAGUUGGUUGUUUUGGUUGAUAAAAUGUUGGAAAAUAUUCAUGUAAACGUGAUAAAAGAGAAAGAAACCAGAAAGAUAGAAGAAGACAGAAUCUAAGAAUCUGGACUUUUCUUUGAAAUUUCUGAAAACCAUUAUUCUGUGGUCAAAAUAUUUGCCAAUUAAUUAUGUAAUUGAGAAUUAAUCAAUUAUUUUAAUCACUUUUGCAACAUAACAGUGUUCAUGUGUGAUGGGUUUUUAAAUUCAUGUUAUUAAGGUCUAGUUGUAAGACAAAUGUUUGUGUGUUUUAUUGAGUACUUCUGUUUUAUUCUGUCUUUUACUGUUUGUAUCUAAUACAUUAUACUCCAUUGCCUAA